UGGCAAAGGGGCGGGGCGACGUGGUGACGCAAUCCGCCUGCCCGCGGGGCGGGGUGCGAGCAGACGGCGGGCGCUGGGUGGAUACGCGGCGCGGUCGGUUGGCUCUUCUUCGGCUCCUCCGCGAUUGACGGAACUUCACUGAAGAUGUCUAAGCAACAACCAACUCAGUUUAUAAAUCCAGAAACACCUGGCUAUGUUGGAUUUGCAAAUCUUCCUAACCAAGUUCACCGAAAAUCAGUGAAAAAAGGUUUUGAGUUCACACUAAUGGUGGUCGGUGAAUCGGGGCUAGGAAAAUCGACUCUUAUAAACAGCCUGUUCUUGACGGAUCUUUACCCAGAAAGAAUCAUACCUGGAGCUGCAGAGAAAAUUGAAAGAACAGUCCAAAUUGAGGCUUCUACUGUUGAGAUUGAAGAGCGAGGGGUCAAGCUGCGCCUGACGGUGGUGGACACACCCGGCUAUGGUGAUGCCAUCAACUGCAGGGAUUGCUUCAAGACCAUCAUCUCCUACAUUGACGAGCAGUUCGAGCGGUACCUACAUGAUGAGAGCGGCCUCAACCGACGGCACAUCGUGGACAACAGGGUACACUGCUGCUUCUAUUUCAUCUCGCCCUUUGGACAUGGACUUAAGCCCUUAGAUGUCGCGUUUAUGAAGGCGAUACACAACAAGGUCAAUAUUGUGCCUGUCAUUGCGAAAGCUGAUACCCUCACUCUGAAGGAACGGGAACGUUUGAAGAAAAGGAUUCUGGAUGAAAUUGAAGAACAUAACAUCAAAAUCUAUCACUUACCUGAUGCAGAAUCAGAUGAAGAUGAAGAUUUUAAAGAGCAGACCAGACUUCUCAAGGCCAGUAUCCCGUUCUCUGUGGUUGGAUCCAAUCAGCUGAUAGAAGCCAAAGGCAAGAAGGUCCGAGGCCGCCUCUAUCCGUGGGGUGUCGUGGAAGUGGAGAACCCAGAACACAACGACUUUCUGAAGCUGAGGACAAUGCUCAUCACUCACAUGCAGGACCUCCAGGAGGUGACCCAGGACCUUCACUAUGAGAACUUCCGUUCUGAGAGGCUCAAAAGGGGCGGCAGAAAGGUGGAAAAUGAGGACAUGAAUAAAGAUCAGAUCUUGCUGGAAAAGGAAGCUGAGCUCCGCCGCAUGCAGGAGAUGAUCGCCAGGAUGCAGGCACAGAUGCAGCUGCAGAUGCAGGGCGGAGACGGUGACGGCGCAGUUCACGGGCACCACGUGUGAGAAAACGUUUUGCAAGAUAAAGAAAGUAUUCCAAAUGAGAAAUACAGCUCUGUGUUUUCAAGAAAUUGUUGGAGAAGUGAGCAUUCACACUUUACAGUGCCUGUGGCCCAAGAAUUUAAUUUUUAAAAAAAUUGUUGAUGUGUUCUUUUGUAUGAAGUACUUUUAACAUUUAUAUUCAUUACUAGAGGGUAGACUUUAUAUUUUGUGAGUGAACUUUGCAUUUUCAUUUUCUUUCACCUUAACUAACCACUAAUGUUAGAUUUCAUUUCCAGGGAUCAGUCGGCAUGUAUGUUAAAAUGAUUUGACUGACUGGCCUAACCAACUAGUCAUGGAGGAGCACUCUUGAUUUGUUAUUUACCCCAAAUAUUCUGAGUGGUAGAGAUACGCAUCUAAUGACAUAGAAGGUACCCGGCCAUUUACUUACCUGGAGCACCAUGUGGAGAUUCUUCCCUGCCUUCCUUUCUGUUUGAUCACAAUACCCAAGACCAGUUUUGCUGCUACAAUACAAUACCGUUAAUUCAUCUGCACAUUCAUCUGUUUACCAAAUGAAAAAUAAUUAUGUAAUGAGAUAUAUGCUUAUACUUAAGUAGCUUUCUUUUAAAAACAGGCUUUUAGGGGUAAAUUUUAGAAAUUUCUACAUUCUUAUACUAGGUCAUUUUUUAAACCACUGGGCAGGGAGAACUUGUUACAGCCACUUUUUAUAGUGUUUUCCACUAAUACUGGUUAUACUCUGCUAUGGAAAAAGUCAGAGUAUCCAUGAGCUCCAGUUUUCAUAUUGCAACUAAGAUUCUUAACAACACAAUGAAAGUCAAUAAACUAUUUUUACUCCACUAAGUCAACUUUUUAAAGAAAAUUAGCAGUUGAUCUGUUCAGAAACUGACCUUUUGUAUUUUUAUACUGCACUUUAAUAUAUUUCUGUAACUAAAGGUGUAGAAGAUCUGCCUCAGGAGUGGAAAUGGGGUCCUUUGGUGGGUGCCAAACCUAGAUUUGGCUUUCCUUUAAUUCUUUUUUGAAUGGUUUUCUGAAGAGAGGCAAAUCGCAGUAGUUAUUAUUUUUUUUUAUGUGUGUGUGGACUGUGUUGCCUAUUUUUAGCCAUCGUCAUUUCCUUCGUUACGUGUAAUACAAAUUGCUCCAUGUAUCAUGUAAGAAUGAAAAACACUUCAAAACUACACCAUGGGCCAUUUGCAGGUACUGCCAGUCAAAGCCGCUCCUGGUGGGUUCUCUGUGCUCUGUGGCCUUGGCCCUUCCGUUCCCUCCUGGAAUGUCUUCAUCCUCCACUGUGGCACUCACGCUCUGCACUCCCAGGGUGCUGAUGCUCCAAGGCCUGCUUUUAUUCAACAUUUCUACUGAAGUUGAAAAAGAAAGUGACAGAUGAAAGGAGACCUGGAGGGAGCAGGUGCUGGUUCACUAUUUUCAUUUUGCUAUAACAGGAGGGGUUAAAAUAGAGAAAAUGCUUAAUCUGAGAAUGAAGAGGGUUUUUUGGUUUUGGUCAAAAAAUAACAUGAGGUCAAAAUAUGUUAGUUACAAAAGUGUACUACAGAAAAUAAUACGGUAUUUUUGCUAACUUGGCCCCUCACUGUUAACUAUUGUGAAUGGUCAAAACCUUUAGGUUUAGGCAUAUUUUGCAAAGUUUUCAACAAGAAAAGGUGUUCCAUAACUUGAGAGUACCAUCAAGGCCAAUUACUUGGGUUAUUUUGGUACUUAUUAACUGCUAAUAAAAGCUGUUUAAAGGGAGGCAGGGGGACAUUUGCAAGUGAUCUGUGUAAGCUUGUGUGUGUUUGAGUAAAACUAUUUGGGGCUGACUGCACCUAGUAAUGGUUAUGUGAGAUGGGUGGACCUACACCUUUAUACUUUUAAAUCUUUUUUUUCCCGUUGCUCAAACUGAAAUAGUUUUGCUACUAGAUAACUGUUCUUUUACUAAGCCAUACUCUUUACCUAUAGAAUUGUUAUUUUGAAAAAAUUUUACACAGCCAUUUUGUAUCCAUUGAAAGUAACCUUUCAUCAAUAAAGCACUAUUGUUUAGAGGUUAAA